AUGCUAUGCCACCGUCUGCUAGCCAGGCGCCCUGCUAGAAUAUCACAUUCGUCUCUAUCUGUAUCAAUCGCAAAGAUGUCAACUACCGCUCCCACUCACAAAUCUAUGCCCUCCGCAUUAACAUUUGAUCGUCACGCCAAAUGCUCGACAACCAAGGCGCGUGCGAGUACCCUCCAUCUACCCCAUGGCUCGGUACCACUGCCGAUCUUCAUGCCUGUCGCGACACAGGCAUCUCUGAAGGGCCUAACAUACGACCAGCUUCGAGAGACGGGAUGUAUGCUGUGCUUGAAUAAUACAUAUCACUUAGGCUUGAAGCCUGGUCAGGCAGUACUAGAUGCAGUGGGUGGAGCGCAUAAGUUACAAGGCUGGGAUCGGAAUCUAUUGACCGAUAGUGGGGGUUUCCAGAUGGUGUCGCUUCUGCAAUUGGCGACUGUUACAGAGGAAGGAGUGCGAUUCCUUAGUCCCCAUGAUGGCUCGCCAAUGCUACUGACUCCCGAACACUCUAUUUCUCUCCAAAAUUCUAUUGGAUCUGAUAUUAUCAUGCAACUAGACGAUGUAAUUGCAACCACUUCGCCAGAUCAUGCUCGCAUCAAAGAGGCUAUGGACCGCUCUGUGCGAUGGCUAGAUCGGUGCAUUGCGGAGCAUAAAUACCCCGAGCGACAGAACCUCUUUUGUAUUAUCCAGGGUGGUCUGGAUCUCGAAUUGCGAAAACAAUGCUGUGAAGAGAUGGUAGCGCGAGACACUCCAGGAAUCGCCAUUGGGGGUCUAUCUGGUGGAGAAGCCAAGGAGGAGUUCUGCAAAGUAGUGGAUACAUGCACUGAUAUUCUCCCGGAACACAAACCCAGAUACGUCAUGGGCGUGGGAUAUCCCGAAGAUAUUGUUGUAGCAGUGGCUCUCGGUGCAGAUAUGUUUGACUGUGUUUGGCCGACACGGACAGCGCGCUUCGGCGAUGCCAUCGUCUCCUCUGGAACCCUCAAACUAAGCCAUAAAUCAUUCGCCGAUGAUUUCGGUCCAGUCGAGGAGGGCUGUACCUGCGUUUGCUGUCGUCCAACUGACCAAGGUGGUCUCGGGCUCACACGAGCAUACAUGCACCACAUCACAGCUAAAGAGACCGUCGGCGCUCAUCUUUUGACCAUCCAUAAUGUUCAUUAUAUGUUGACCAUGAUGGGCAAAAUCCGACAGGCCAUUAUUGAUGACCAAUACCCGGCUUUCCUUCGCAAGUUCUUCUCCGACAUCUAUCAGGGUGAUAGAUCGAAGUACCCCGAGUGGGCGGUAGGCGCUCUGCGGGGAGUUGGAGUGGACUUGUUAGCAGAUUCAUGA